CCUAUCUUACGAAAGAUGAAUUCCUGAGCGAACGAGUGAAGAAGUUCAUGCGCGAUUGCUCCAAGAAUUUUAACAAACCCAUUCCCGAAUGGGCAAGGAACAAACAGAAUGAAGAAUACUGGAUUAGUGUGCAGAGGGAAGAAUUG